AUGGCCGUCGUUAAGGUGAAGAAUUUUGGUAGAUCGAGCUCAUCUUCCAGUUUCGAUUUGGAUUCGCCAGUAUCGCUAAGCAUUUCUCCACUGGUUAAUUUGAGUCCAAAAAAUUCACAACCCAAGUCACCAGAACUACUUGCUGUUCGUACUGCUCCUCUACCUCAAUAUCCCUCUAUUUCGUCUUCACUGCUAGAAAAUUUUGUACCGAUAAUGGUCAUUAACGGAAAUCUUAUUCACCAUCUCCGCCUAGUGCAUCAUCCCCGGAGAGAUAUUCAAGCAGAAAAUUCAUCAGUUUCAGUUCCACCACCACUACCGCCUCUUUUGAUUAGUAUUUCGGCUUGUGUACAGUCUCCACCACCACCAUUUAAAAAUUGGCCCAUUGAGAAGAAUGAGCAGAGUAAAGUAGGCUUAUCAAGUGAUACUUAUGAAAACAACGAGGAAACUCCAAAACCAAAGUUGAAGACUUUGCAUUGGGAUAAGUUUUUGUUGUUUUCUUACUUCUCAAUGAAAAAAAUAAAUACAGAAAAUGGACAAACAUCACCUGAUCACGAUGCUUUGAAAUCCCAAGAGAUUGGGAAAAACAAUGUUGAUUUUUCAUUAGUAAAAAUUGAAGUUGAAGAAGAAUCAAAAGAAAAAGAUUCAAGUUUGAAUGAAUGGUCACCUGUUCGGGUUGAAUCCAAUUCAUUGAUCAUUAGUGUUGAUUCUAAUUCAAUGGGCUAUAUUGUUUCUUCUGCUAGUAAUGAGCUUUCAUAUUCGGGUUGGGCUGAAUGGUCUCCUUUAACAAUUGUACCUAUUUCUUCAAUUGAGCCCGGAAAAUUUCAAAGAGACGAUCACACAGUCGGAUUUUGUGUAGUUUGCAUGAUUCGAGAUCUAGUUGACCUUUCUAUGGCUGGUGCCUUUGAUUAUGUCUCGCCGAAAAAAAUUGUUAGCCACUUGAGAGAUUUUUCACCCGAUUUCGACUGGUAUCAACAAGAAGAUGCACAUGAAUUCUUACAGUGCUUUCUCAAUAAACUCGAAUAUUGUUGUUACAAUCUAGAACCACAAGACAACAUUGUGAAGGAGGCCUUUGGUGAUCGUUUUGUAAGCAAGCUCCGUUGUUGCAAUUAUGAUCAUUUCUCUGUCACACACGAGCCUUUAAUCGACAUAAGCUUAGAGAUUGAGGACAUUGACAAUGUACUAGCAGCACUAGAGUCUUUCACUAAAAUAAAAAAAAUUGAGUUUUCUUGUGAAAAGUGCAAGACACAAGGGCCAUUUGAGAAGCAGCUCAUCGUUGAUCGUGCCCCUUCUGUUGUUGCCCUACAUUUGAAGAGAUUCAAAAAUAACGGAAUAUUUGUUCAGAAGGUGGACAAGCAUGUUUCAUUUCCUCUGGAAUUGGACAUGCUUCUUUAUACCAACAAAAUCAAUAAUGAAGAAAUGAAAUAUGAUCUCUACGCAAUUAUAGUGCAUUCCGGACCUUCAAUAUCUUCAGGACAUUAUUACAGCUUUAUUCGUUGUGCUCCAAAUGAAUGGUACAAAUUUAAUGACGAGCAGGUUGUUUUUGUUGAAGAAGAUUUUGUUUUAGCACAAGAGGCCUAUAUUAUGUUUUAUGCAAGGAGCGGCACUCCAUGGUUUUCAGAUUAUAUCCAAAUCCAUAGGGCCUUCGUAAAUCUGAUUAUCCCCACAACUUCUACGUGCAUUCCAAAUAAUCAUGCUUUCGAUGUUGGUGAAUUCAAUAAUGUUGCAGAUGAUACAAAUAUGAAGCAUGAACUCAACAAGAUUGAGGAGGAUGAUUCCCCUGGUUUACCUUAUGUAAUGGCUAGUAGCAGCAACAACAAGAUGAGUAAUUUGAACUCAUAG